UUCGCUAUUGGUGUAUUGUGUAUACAUUAUAAGAAAAUUAUAAAGUAAUAUUAAUAUUUCUCUAUGAUUUUGAGUACUAUUCAGUAAUAUUAUAUCUUAAAACCUAUUUCUCAAACUUUUAAUUAUACAACUACUUUUUGCUGUUGGACUUAUAGUACUUCAAUAGCUCAGUGAAAAUUAAAUUACAGAAUAAAUAUUAUUCGAAGCGAGCAGUAUAAUUUUAAACCGAAUUAAACGAAAAUAUUUCGAAAUGAAUGUUCUAUUACAGGGGAUGAAAAAUUUAGUUCUAAAUAAACCAUUGGGAGAGACGACUAGAUGUAUGGCAUCGCUUUAUCAAAUGCACAAGACUGGUCCUCAUAAAAAACCAAUGUUCAAACGUAAUCCACUGGGCGAUAAUCCGUUUUUAAAAGGUGUUGUACUGAAAACACUUAUAAGAAAACCAAAGAAACCAAAUUCGGCCAAUCGAAAGUGUGUCUUAGUACGAUUAAGCAAUGGCAAGGAAAUGAUAGCUUAUAUACCGGGUGAAGGACACAAUCUUCAAGAACACAACGUUGUAUUAGUGCGUAACGGGCGAUGUAAAGAUUUGCCUGGUGUAAAAAUAACAUGUGUUAGAGGAAAAUUUGAUUUACCACAUGUUGUAAAAAAAACACAGACAAAUUCUUAGCUCAAUAGUAAUAUAGAUCAUUAUCAAUUUGUUUUGUAUAUUAGUCAUUAAUAAAAUUAAAAUGUAAUAUAA